CUUCAAUAAAGCAAUCAGUGGGGCUGUUGAUAUAUUGGGCUUCUUCAUCACAGUUCGAACUACUUGUUCACAAACACACUUUACAAAACAGCAAGCAUUAGCACAAGCGCAUCUCAUCUAGUAGAUCGAGGUCUAUGUAAAAGCUAGAAUAUUGAAAGAUGGAGGAUGUUUUUGCAAUCAUUAGUCCUAUUGUUGAAUCAUUAAUGGUUCUUGUCAAAAAACAGCUAGGGUAUCUCCUUUCCUCAACAAAACAUGUUAGGAGCAUGAAUAUUGAAAGAUGAGGUUUGUAUCUGCAAUCAUUAGUCCUAUUGUGUAUCAUUAAUGGUUCCUGUCAAAAAACAGCUAGAUUAUCUUUUUUCCUCUACAAAACAUGUUAGGAACUUGAAUAUUGAAAGAUGGAGUUUGUAUCUGCAAUCAUAGGUCCUAUUGUUGAAUAUGUAUUUGCAAUCAUUAAUGGUUCUUGUCAAAAAACAGCUAGGUUAUCUCUUUUCCACCACAAAACAUGUUAGGAAUAUGAAUACUAAAAUGAAGCAACCGGAUUGUACAAGCCGUGAUGUCAAAAAUCACAUGGAAACAAACAACAUAAGUAAUCUGGAGAUGCUUACUCGUGCUUGUGUAACAGGGUGGUUAAAAGAUGUGGAAAAGAUUAAGGAAGAUGCUCAAAUCGUUUCAAGUAUAAGGAAUGGAUGUUUUAACUUGAAAAUGAGGUAUCGAGGAGGAAGGAAUGCAUUCAAGAUUAUAGAGGAGAUGGGAAGUCUUAUUGAAGAAAAUAGUAAGAUAAUUUGGAGUGAUGUUCAAAAACCUCUUGGAAAAGUGAAUUCUCAAAACGCAUCUACUUUAGCAUUGUGGGAUGGUGAUGCCCAAAAUUACUUGAAAUUGAGAGAGAAAAGUUUUAAAGAUGCACCCAAGUUCCUUCAACAAGAUCACACGAGCCAAGUGAUAGCCCUAUAUGGAAUGAGAGGUGUAGGGAAAACCACAAUGACGGAACACUUGAAAAAGGCUGCAGAAGAUAAGAAAAUGUUUGAUUGGAUCGUGAAGGCGGUUAUUGGACAAAAGAUUAACAUGUUAUCUAUUCAGCAAGCUGUAGCAGAAUAUAUAGGUCAAUCUCUAAUAGAAAUGAGUAUAACAGCAAGAGCUGAUCGUCUUCCUAUAAGGUAUGGGAAGAUGUUUGAAGGACAAAAAAAGGUGUUAGUGAUAUUAGAUGGUUUUUUGCCCCUUGCAGUUAAACUCAUUGAGAUAAGCUAUACCACCUAUUUAAAAGAAGAGGAGAAAAGGAUUUUUCUGCUUUGUGGUUUGUUUCCUGAUGACUUUCAUAUUCCAAUCGAGGAACUCACAAGAGACAUAUCUCCAUACAUAAGCAAGCAAAGAUCAUGCAUUUUAACACACCCAAUGUAAUUGCUAUCGAUCAACAAAUUUGUAUUUUUAAGAUUCUGCACACAUGUUUUUGUCUUGUCUCGUAUCUCCAACAACAGAAACAUCAUUUAACAUACGAUUGUUAAAUGAUGUUUCUGCUGUGGGAGAUGAAGAGAGACAGAACAAAAACAUGUGUGCAGAAUCUUAAAAAUACAAAUUUGUUGAUCGAUAUCAAUUACACUGGGUGUGUUAAAAUGCAUUAUCUUUGCUAGCUUUUGUGUUAGGUAGAGUUGCUAAAGGUGUCUUUUCAUGGAUAAUCAACCAUGGUGAUAUUUCAAAGUGUAGUAGAGCUGAGAUGAGAAAGUCUUACAAAACAAUUUCUAUUACUUGCACAGGUUUGUCUGAGUUUCCUAGUGACUCAGUACCCAAGCCCUAUCACUUUUGAGACUUAUGCAUGGAGAUAAGUCUCUUAGGUUUACCGAAGAGUUUUAUGAAAAGAUGGAAAAUCUUGAAGUUUUAGCAUAUGAAAAAAUUCUCAGUUUUGCUCAUUGUGGCAUCUGAAAGUUACUAUCAACAAUUGGAAAAUAGAAGGAGCUAAAGUUUCUAUAUUUGGAUAGUCUACCGAAGUUGACUGCUCUUUGCAACACUGCUAAUGUAAUUGAGCUACCACAGCUAGUGGAGUUGAUACUUGAUGGCCUUCCUUAUUUCACUAGCAUUUAUCCUGAGAAAACAUCUGCAACAUCUUCUAUGUCCAAUAAUAUCUCUGCAAUUCAAUUUAUCUUGAACAGAGAUGCUGAUUCCUAAUGUGGAGAUAUUGUUAAUUGGGAGGAUGAAUAAGCUGAAAGAGAUAUGGCCUUAUCAAUUUAGUAGUAGCGACGAAGUUGAUACUUGCAUGUUGAGAAAGAUUGAAGUGAAUCUGUUUCAAACCAAUCCCAUGUCUUUGCUGGGUUAUCUGGAAGAGCUUCAUGUUAUUUAUUGUGGAAGCAUUAAAAUGUUAUUUAAAAUCGAGAUGAGUUGUGUUGGUGAAAUUGAAAAACAUAGUAGCAACUUGAGACACAUUCAUGUAUAUAAGUUGGGGAAGCUAAGAGAGUUGUGGAGGAUGAAAGGAGAAAGUAGCCAUGAUAUCCUGAUCCGCAUGAGAUGGCAUUGAACUUUCUAAUUCUAUUUCUAUUUUGAUGUUAGAGAACCUAUGUAUAUGUGUCUCUAUAUAAACACUCCCACAUGUGUA